CUACAGCCAGGCGGGGGUCUUUAGAUGUUACAUGUUCAGUUGUUACGAAUACCCCAUAAUGUGGCAUAUUUGACGAGAUAAUACGAUACACAUAAAUUUUAAUUUGUAUUCCAUUUGUCUCAAAUUAUUCCCGGUGCCUCGGCUGUUUCCGUUAAUCACGUGACGUAAACAGGUCUCGGCGGUCCGCAAAGUCUCAGCUGUCAAGAUGGCGGAGCUCCACCAUCAUCACAAUUUCUCGCUGUGCUUCUGUGAUUUCGUGAGGCUGCUUUGGUCCUUGGUGGUCCCCUGCCUGGUCCUGAGCCUGCUGCUGACCCUGCUCCUGUUCCUGCUCCUGCUGGGGCUCCGCGCAUGGCUGCAGAGCCGCCGGAGAGCCCAGGCAAGCGGCCCGGCGGUGGCUUUCUUCCACCCAUACUGCAAUGCCGGCGGAGGUGGGGAGCGCGUCCUCUGGUGUGCCCUCAGGGCCCUUAUGCACCGGUAUCCCGACGUCUCCUUCGUGGUCUACACAGGCGACCAGGGAGUGACGAGUGCCCAGAUUCUGGAGCGAGCCCGGCAGCGCUUCGACGUCAAGCUGCCCCGGCCCGUCACCUUUGUCUUCUUGCAUCGCCGUGCCUUGGUGGAGGCCUCGUCCUACCCUCACUUCACCCUGCUUGGCCAGAGCGCCGGCUCCAUGGUCCUAGGCUGGGAGGCUCUUAUGGCGUUUGUCCCCGACGUGUGCGUGGACUCAAUGGGCUACGCCUUCACGCUGCCCAUCUUUCGCUACCUGGGAGGCUGCCAGGUGGCCAGCUACGUCCACUAUCCCACCGUCAGCACCGACAUGUUGUCCGUAGUUUGGGAGAGGAACCCCAGGUUCAACAACGUGGACUCGAUCAGCAAUAGUGUCAUGCUGAGCGCGGUAAAGGUUUUGUACUACUGCGUGUUCGCCAUCCUUUAUGGGCUGGCAGGCUCCUGCAGCCACGUCAUCCUGGUCAACUCCACGUGGACGCUGGGCCACAUCCUAGCUCUGUGGCGCUGCCCGGCCCGCACCGCCGUGGUCUACCCACCCUGCAAUGUAAAAGCCUUCCUGGACGCGCCACUGGGCCACCGGGACGAUGAAGGUGACGAAGACUGGGAGGAGCUGGGAAGUGAGGAGGACGCGGGAAGGGACGGGAAGUGGCGCUCCAUCGUGUCGGUGGCACAGUUCCGGCCGGAGAAGAACCACCCGUUGCAGAUCCGAGCUUUUCGCAAGUUGCUGACCCGGAGGCCGGAGGAUUCUUCUCUGCGGCUGGUUCUGAUUGGCGGCUGCAGGGACCGCGAGGAUGAGGAGAGAGUGGUCUCCCUGCAGCAACUCUGCCGGGACCUGGGCGUGGAGGACCGCGUCCACUUUAAGCUGAACCUGCCCUUCGUGGACCUGAAGAGGGAGCUGGUGGAUGCAACCAUUGGCCUGCACACCAUGUGGAACGAACACUUUGGCAUCGGCGUGGUGGAGUGCAUGGCGGCCGGCACGGUGGUGCUGGCCCACAAGUCGGGCGGUCCCAAACUGGACAUCGUGGUCCCGUAUGAGGGCAUGCGCACGGGCUUCCUGGCCGACAGCGAGGAUGAUUACGCUGCCGCCAUGGACACCAUCCUGACGCUGACGCCGGAGCAGCACGCGCAGAUCCGACACAACGCUCGCCGCUCAGUGAUGCGCUUCUCAGACCAGGAGUUUCAGGCCUCCUUCCUGGCCGCGUGCGACUCACUGAUGAGCCCGCUGGAGCGGUGAUUCAGGGAAAAGAUUAUGUCGUGAUGCCAAAGAAAAGGACAUAGGAUCAGUGGACGGGCAAUAGAAAUCAGCAUGACAAUAAGAAAAAAAUCCACAGAGUGGAAAAAAAAAUGUCCAUGGUCACAUACAUGCAUGUGUAAUGUAUGGGUCAUAUGAUUGAUGCAGUUGCUCCUUUUACCAGUUUACAACCUCUGUCCCUAAAACAAUAGAAAUAAACACAAGGACUAGAACAAUUAAAAUCAAAUCAUCCCAAAAAGAAUCCACUGCGCAUAGGGCACAUGUAGUGUACGUGUUGUAUGAUUAUGUGAUCACUCAUUUUGCUAGUUGUUAAUGACACCCACCACCUUCCACAAUAGAAAUAAACAUGAGGGCUGGAAAUACUCCACAUAGUAAAAUAUUCUCCACUGUAUACUCGUUUCAGCAAUUUAAGUGUCAUACUUGCUGCGAUCGCUCCUCUUGCCAAUUAUUCAUGAUAAAACCACCCCUGGCACAAUGGAAAUAAACGCAACAACUAGAGCUAAUCCACAGAGUGAAAAAUAAAAUGUCCAUAGCAUACUUGGUCACGUAUAGGCACAUGCAAUGUAAGUGUCCUAUGAUUUUGCAAUCGCUCCUCUUGCCAAUUAUUCAUCAUAACCACCACCACCGGCACAAUCGAAAUAAACAAUGACUUGAGAUAAUCCACAUUGUCAAGAACAAGUCCAUGGCACACGCCAUGUACGUGACAUAAGAUUAAAGGGAUCACUACUCUCCCCACAUAUUCACAAUAAUCAUUACCAUAAACAAUAGAAACAAUCAUGACAUCUUAAAAUAAUCCACAUAUUUAAAAGGAAAGUCCAUGGUCCGCACAUAGUGCACUUGACUGUGCAGUUUAAGUGCCAUAUGAUAGUUGCAAUUGCUCCUUUCGCUGGUUAUUCAUGACAACUGCCACCACCUUGCACAAUAGAAAUAAACACAACAACGGAAAAUAAUUCACACAGUCAAAAGCCUAAUUGCCCCAACCACCAUUUUGGACAUUGAUUUAUUUAUUUUUCUGGGACGUCUGACAUCCCACAUUGAAUAUAUUAAUUAUGGCGUCAUAAUAAUAUUAAUAUCAUUCCUUUUAUGGGUUUCUAUGGGUUUUUUUCUCGCAGGAUGUUACUUAAACGUGAGCGCCAAAUCUUUGAUAUUGUCUCUGAGGAUAAAGAUUCUGUACAGUCACUUAGAUUGAAAAGAAUGAAAAGGUUUUUACAUUGUCAACAAUCGAGCUGCUAGAAUACUGAUACAUGCUGUUACUUUAUAGUGUAGCAAGUACACGUACUACGAAGGAAUAAAGAUGAUACAUUCAA